UACCUAACCUCACAUUAUCCUUAACCUCAAAACUUCAAAUUUGAAAACAAAAAAUGCUUCAGCCCGUCGAGGACGACGACCCUCCGCAGCUGUCGGCGGAAACCUUUCUGGCGCUCCAGGAAUUUUACAACGAGCAAAACGCCAAGGAGGCCCAACUGCAAGCGGACACACCGACAGAAAUCGCCGAAGAUUGGCAACUGAGCCAGUUCUGGUACGACGCUAAAACGACGAACGUAUUAGUCGACGUCGGACUAAAACGAGUAGGCCCCGACGGUCGUAUCGCGCUAAUUUCGUGCCCGACGUUAUUCAACCGAUUUCGAGAGAACUCGACGUGCGACGGUCCGCUGUUUGAAUACGACGAUCGCUUCUCGAAGGUGUGCGGUGCAAGGUUCACGCGUUACGACUAUAAAUCGCCUCUGGACGUGCCAAAAGAGUUUUCCAAAGGGUUCGAUUUGGUAAUCGCCGAUCCGCCUUUUCUCUCCGAGGAUUGCCUGACGAAAGUGGCGGUCACCGUCAAGUUCUUGGCGAAAAAUGACGUGAUUCUUUGUACAGGGGAGGUGAUGUCGGAUUUGGCCGAACGACUACUACACGUAAAAGCGUCAAGUUUUCGUCCGUCGCACAGGAAUAAUUUAGCGAACGAAUUCCGCUGUUACUCGAACUUCGACUUAGACACUUUACUUCUAUAACUUUAUUUCUCUUACAUGCGGUGAUUGAUAUGUUAACAUGAAAUCGUGUAUAUACAAACAUGUUUUAAAUAAACUUCUCGAAAAGGAAA